AUGAUGCUGCUCUUCCUGCUGCCACAGGCCCCCUGUGGGAUGCAGAAGUCCAGGUGCCCCUGGAGCUGGGACACAGAUGAACUCCACCCCCAGAAUCACUACAGGCCAGGAGACGAUGUCAUUGCUGCAGCCAUCUCUGCAGCACAUGCUGAUUUUCCUCCCUACACCUUCAGGAAGCCGGCCUCCAAUGAGCAAGAGGAUUAUGGAUCCACAUUUUACUGGAAGAUCCUCUCCCUCUUUUUUGCCAUUCGGGAAAUCAACCAGAAUCCCAGGCUCUUGCCCAACAUCACCCUGGGAUAUAACAUCCAUGACAGCUAUAGCAAUGUGAUACUGACUUCCGAUGCAACUAUUGACCUGCUUUCAGCUGGACAGGCUCAAGUUCCCAACUACAAAUGUGGCAGACAGCAGCAACUCAUGGCCGCCCUUGAUGAAUCAGACUCUGAAAACUCCAAGCAAAUAUCAAAUAUGCUGAGUAUCUACAAAAUUGGGCAGGUGUGGGUGACUUAUGCUUUUGAUUCUCACGUCCUGAGUGAUCAAGCCCAGUCCCCUUUUCUCUACCACAUGCUCCCCAGAGAAGGGGUCCAGUACGUGGGGAUCGUCAAACUCCUCCUGCAUUUCAGAUGGACCAUGCUCCACCCCUUCCUGAGAAGUCCCCAGUUUCACAAUCGUUCCAUGGACGGAGUGUAUUUGGAUGAGAAGGGUGACCUGGCAGCUGACUUGGACGUUGUCAACUGGGUGAAGUUUCCCAACAGCUCUGUUGAAAGAGUGAAAGUUGGGAGCAUAGAAAGGCGAGGGUUGUCUGGACGCAAAUGCACCAUUGACCAAGAUGCCAUCGAGUGGCCCAAAUGGCUCAACAAGCCCCUGCCACAUGCCAGGUGUGUGGAAAGCUGCCGCCCUGGAUUCUUCAAGGUGGUUCAGGAAGGAAAGCCCGUUUGCUGCUAUGAUUGCACUCCCUGCCCAGAAGGGACUAUCUCCUCUAAGGAAGAUGCUGACCAUUGCACCAGGUGUCCAGAUGAUCAGCAUCCAAACAAGAACCAAACCCAAUGUAUCCCCAAGAAGAUUACCUUCCUGUCCUAUAAAGAUUCUCUUGGGAUCAUCCUGGCUUUCAUGGCCCUCAUGCUAUCCUUAUUCACAGGACUUGUGUUAGGAAUCUUCAUUAAAUUUCAAGAAACCCCAGUCGUCAAGGCCAACAACCGCGACCUCUCCUAUAUUCUCCUCUUCACCCUCCUGCUUUCCUUCUCCUCCACCUUCCUCUUCAUUGGACUGCCCAGGAAGCUGACCUGCCUUCUCCGACAAACAGCCUUCAGCAUCGUCUUCUCAGUUGCUGUCUCUUCUGUCUUAGCCAAAACAAUCACCGUGGUAUUGGCCUUCAUGGCCACCAAGCCAGGCAACAGAGCAAGAAACUGCUUGGGGAAGACUUUGGCCAAUUCCGUCGUCAUUUUGUAUUCCAGCAUCCAAGUUGUCAUCUGCAUCAUCUGGUUGGGAACCUCUCCUCCCUUCCCUGACAAGGACAUGCACUCUCAACCUGAUCAGAUCAUCCUGCAAUGCAACGAAGGCUCUGUGACCAAGUUCUACUCUGCCCUUGGCUACUUGGGCUUCCUGGCUGCCGUCUGCUUUACAGUGGCUUUUCUGGCCAGGAAGCUGCCUGGGGCCUUCAACGAAGCCAAGCUGAUCACCUUCAGCAUGCUGCUCUUCUGCAGUGUCUGGAUAUCCUUCGUACCCACCUACCUAAGCACUAAGGGGAAGCUCAUGGUGGCCGUGCAGGUCUUCUCCAUCUUGGCCUCCAGUGUUGGGCUGCUGGGCUGCAUUUUCCUUCCCAAGUGCUACAUUAUUAUCCUACGACCUGAUCUGAAUACAAAGGAACAUCUCAUGAUGAAAACUCAAGUAUAA